CUAGUACAAUUGCUGGUCUGCUUGUAUUUUUCUCCCGACCCCUAUACGACGCAUUCAUUCGAGAGCCAGAGAUCCAUGAAAUACCUAAAGAACAAACUCCACGGGAAGCAAUUUUAAAGAAGUGGAGGAUAUAAUUUAGAAAUGGAAAAUAUAAAACGAGCGCGUCAACGACUGCAAAACUAUCCCAUCUUGAUGACCAAAUGCGCAACAUCAGCAUCAGUAUAUGCAGCUUGUGUUACCAGAGACUUGAAUGUGAAGCAAAACAUUUGUGAAAAAGAAUUUUUAGACUUCAAAAAGUGCCUAAAUGAAGUUGCAAAACACAAUAAGUGAAAAACUAAAACCAAAUACAGUAGUAUACAAUAAUUAAAGAAAUUUAUUGAUGAAAAUCUAAAAAAA